AUGGGUGGAAUAAUGCAAAAAUUUAACGUUUUGUUAUGGAAAAAUUUCCAAGUUCGGAAAAAACAUUGGGGAAUGUCGAUUUUUGUUCAAGUCAUAAUACCUAUAUUAUUAUAUGCCUUGGUAAACAGUUUAGCGCUCGUGAACACAAAGGGCAUAAAUAAAAAUAUCUCAGAAAAUAUCCCACAAAAUGGACCUGCACCUAACGGUUCAAAAUCUGAUCUCAUUGAAAACUAUCCUGAUUUCACAAAUUAUUGGAUCGAUUGGGCCAUCGGAUAUACACCACAAUCCGAUGAUACCGAUAAAUUGAUGGAAUUGGUUAAAAAGUGUGUAGGAAGAAAUACCACUGGCUAUCAAAAUGAAACUGAAAUGAUUGAUGCCUUGAUGUCAUUGAACGGAAUUAAAGACUGGAUGAGUUUAUUAAGCUGGCUUGUUACUGGUGUUAUUUGGAAUUUUUUAUUAUUAAUACCAAUUGUAUUGAUGCUUAAAUUUUCCUGGGUUCCAGAAUCGAAUGCAUUUAUGGAAAAAGGGAAUCCAGUCUUAAUAUUUAUGGCAUUUUCAUUACACAUUGUACAUCUUUUGUGUUUUGGAUAUCAUGUUGCAUCUUAUUUUAACAAACCUUGGAAGGGAGUAGUGACAUCAAUUUUAUUCCUGUAUAUAAUGAGUUUUGCUAAACCAGUAAUGGUAAUGAUGGGUUAUGAAAAAGCAGUACAAUUCGUAGGGAUACUCUGUCCGAACUUGUUUGUUUAUGGGAUUAUUUAUGCAAUAGAAAGAUAUGAAAGACAAGGAAUGACAAUAGGAUUUGGAAAUAUGUUUUCCACUAGAACAAAUACAGAUUCAUUCGUGGCAUCGAUUGGAAUGAUUAUGCUUUUUUCAAUAUUGGGAGCAAUACUUCAUUUCUUCAUGGCACUAUACAUUCACGCAAUUAAACCUGGUAAAUAUGGUGUUAAACGUCAUCCUUUUGCAUGGUUCUUGAAAAAGAAAAAUGAACCAGGAGAUGAUCAAAUCCAAUUAGACUCUGAUGAUUUUGAACAAAAAAAAGAAUUCGAAAAAAUACCUGCUGGGAGUCUUAAAGCAGGAGUGCAAAUCAGAAAGCUCAAAAAAAUAUAUAGCACAGGUUUUAUUAAUAAAAGCGAAUUUCACGCAUUGAAAGAAGUAUCAAUUGACUUUUAUCGUGGUGAAAUAACAGCAUUACUGGGUCACAAUGGAGCUGGUAAAACAACAAUGAUGUCAAUAUUAUCAGGAUUAACUGGCUCAUCCGGUGGUGUUGUCAUAAUAAAUGGACAAAAUGUUCUAAAUAAUCAUGACGUAAUAAGUAAUAAUGUUGGUCUUUGUCCUCAAGUUAAUAUAACAGUUCCAGAUCUGAAUGUUUAUCAACAAGUUUUAUUUUUUGCUAAAUUACGAGCUAAAAAUAAAACUUCACCACAAAUUAAAGAAGAUGUUGAAACUCUACUUUCAAAAGUUAAUUUACAAGAUAAAAAAAAUUGCAUACCAGAUAACUUGUCUGGGGGACAAAAAAGAAGAUUAUGUUUGGCACUGGCUGUGAUUGGUGAUGCAAAUGUUUUGAUUUUUGAUGAGCCAACAUCCGGAAUGGACACUGAGGGUAAACGAGAUAUUUGGGAUAUGAUUUUAGCAAUGAAAGGUAAUAAGACAAUAUUAAUCAGUACACAUGAUAUGGAAGAGGCAGAUAUUCUUGGUGAUAGAAUUGCCAUAAUGCAUUCAGGUAAACUCAACAGUUAUGGAACUUCUAUGUUUUUGAAAAAGUUACAUGGAGAUGGCCAAGUAGAAGUUACACUUUCACUUGAAUCAGGUUGUGAUACUGCCAAAAUACUUGAGAUAAUUGGUGAGGAUGUUAAAACUUUGAAUCAAAGAAAUGAUUCAAUUGUAUUAGCAAUUCCCAAUUCAGAAUCAUUACCUGAGACAUUGGAUAAAUUAGAAUUAUCUAAAAAAAAAUUGGGCAUUACUGGUAUAAGUGCAUCAAUAAUUACUUUAGAACAAGUUUUUGUUAAAGUUACUGAAGAAGUUGAUCAUAAUAUCGAUGGUACAACUAAUGAAAUUGGUAACGACUCAAUACUAUUUAAUGAAAAUACAGGAUUCAACUAUUUUAUGCAGACCUUGUGGGGAUAUUUGGUCAAGAAGUAUGCGUAUGUCAUGAAAAGUCCAUGGACUUUCUUUAUUUCACUUAUCUUCCCUGGUUUAAUAGUUGCAUUAAUAUUGUUAUGUUCCCUGAUGAUACCAUCUGAACAACCUAUUAAGACAGUAGAUUGGACAAUGAAUAAUGAGUCAGUUUUUUUGUACAAUGAAUGGAAAGCCUCCGAAGGAAUGUAUAUCACUAAUAGAAAGGAUACUAACUUUGUUUAUGGAGAUGAAAAGUUUAUUAUUGCUGAAUAUAAUCUAUUUAAUAAAACAUUGAAUAUAUGCAGCAAUAAUUCAAAUUUGAAAAUUCAAGUAUCUAAAAAAGAUAUUCAUAUAAGUACUUCAAGUAGUAAAAAAGAAAAUCAUCUAGAAAGUAUAUUACCUUAUAUAAUGAACAUAUCGAUGUUUAUGAUAAUUAUUUAUAUCAGCCAACCAUUUCGUGAAAGGAAAACUGGUAUUAAACAGCUUCAAGAUAUGACUGGUGCUUCUAAAAUCGCAUACUGGGGAUCUAUGUUUCUCGUUGAUUUUGUUCAUUACACGAUUUCUAUUAUUUUAUCAUUAUCGUACGUGGAAUUAUACUUAUUAUCGAAUAUUAAACCUAUCACGUUAAGUAAAGCCUUUAUUAUGUCAAAAUACCACUUAAUCUUUUUUGUAAUAUCAUUCGUGUUUUUUAUUGGCAUUAUCAUCAUUGUCGAACAAAAAAUAAUAGCAAAAGUUUUGGGAAAAAUCAAGAAGAAUUGUUCAAUUACAAAUACAACAGAUGAAACAGAUGAAUUAGUGAAAAAAGAAAGAGACAUUGUUAGUAAAGAAAUUGAAAAACGCCUGACUAAAACAGUUGAGCAUAAUAAUGAAAAUGUUUUUUUGGCUCAAGAAUUGAGAAAAAAUUAUGGAAAUUUACAAGUUGUAAAAGAUAUUAGUUUUCGAGUAAAAUCAGGAGAAUGUUUUGGUCUUCUUGGAGUAAAUGGUGCUGGAAAAAGUACAACUUUUAAAAUGUUGACUGGUGAAGAGAGUGCUUGUCAUGGUAAGAUGUACUUGAAAGACAUUGGCAUGCAUGAGAAUCGUGGCGAGUAUUUAUCCAAAAUGGGAUAUUGUCCACAACACGAUGCUCUAAUUGAAACAUUAAAUGCUUGGGAUCAUUUGUAUCUUUUUGCCAGACUCAGAGGAAUACCAGAAUCACAAAUAAAAUCAUCAGUUGAAGGAUGGAUAAAAAGAUUGAACUUAAGUGCUUGUGCUUCAAGACCAAGUCAAACAUACAGUGGUGGAAACAAAAGAAGGCUUAAUAUUGCAUUGGCAUUAAUCGGUCAACCAUCAUUGGUCUUGAUGGAUGAACCAACAACUGGAGUUGAUCCAGCAGCAAGAAGAUCAUUAUGGAAUACUUUAAAGUAUUGUCAGGAAUCUGGUCAAUCAAUAAUUUUCACUUCUCACAGCAUGGAAGAAUGUGAAGCUCUUUGCAAUCGGUUGGUCAUCAUGGUUAAUGGAAAGCUAGUUUGUGUUGGUGCAGUUCAAGAACUAAAACAACGUUUUGGUGCUGGAUACAAUAUUCACGUGAAAAUGUCACCUGCUUCAUCUGUUGAGGACGUACAACAUAUCAAGGAAACAAUUGAGUCAACUAUUAGAUGUCAAAAAAUGGAUGAAAAUUCUGGUUUUCUUGGAUAUCAUGUCACUGACCCUGGUGCGACCUGGACAGUGAUGUAUCGCAUGAUGAAUACAUUGAAAAAUAGUUAUAGUUGUAUUGAAGAUUUUGCAGUACUUUCAUCAACACUGGAGCAGCUUUUCAUCCAGUUUGCCAGAGCCGAUUGCACCGAUUCAACUAGUCAUGAAAUUCCAUAAAAUGAAAAAAUAA